AUGAAUUCAAACAAUAUAGGUGAUGAUAGUCAUGGAGAAUAUAUACAACAUUCAAAUCAAUCAUCUCAAAGUUCUAUAACAGCAUUUCUAGCGAAAUUAUGGGCACUUGUUAAUGAUUCGUCAUGUGAUGAUCUUAUUGUCUGGGAUCCAUCUGGUGGAUCAUUUCAUGUUUAUGAUCAAUCACGUUUUUCACGUGAAAUUUUACCAAGAUAUUUUAAACAUAAUAAUUUUGCAUCUUUUAUACGUCAAUUAAAUAUGUAUGGUUUUCGUAAAAUGUCGACUAUUGAACACGGUUCUUUAAAAAAUGAAAGAGAUGAUAUUGAAUUUGCACAUCCAUAUUUUAUUAGAGGACAAGAUUCACUUUUAGAAUUAAUUAAAAGACGUGCACCAGAUAAUCAACAAAAAUCUAAUAUACAAGGAGGUUCUAAUCCGUCAUCUGCACUUGUUUCAGCAAAUUAUCUUGACUCAAAAUCCAAUGGUUCUAUAGAAUUAAAACGUUUACUUGACGAUGUACGAAAUUUACAAACAAAACAAACAUCAUUAAGUGAUAAAUUAUCAUAUCUUCAAACUGAAAAUGAAGCAUUAUGGGGUGAGAUCGGUUCAUUAAGACAGAAACAUGCUAAACAACAACAAAUUGUUUCAAAAUUAAUGGAAUUUCUAUUACAUUUUAUUACAGCAAAUUCAGCACAGUCCAAUGAACAACAAAUGCCAAAUGAAGUCCUAACCCCUCAUUCAUUUCAACCAGAACAAACAGCUACUUCAGACCAUAUAAAAAAUUCUCCAUUAAUACUAAGUGAACAAGGUUCAUCACCGAAUACACUUAAACGUAAACAAGCUGCACUCAUGUCUAAUGAAGAACCAAAUAAACGAACAACUAUGCAACAACAAUAUCAAGAAUUUUCACAUCCAACUAAUUUUGGUCGACAACAAAGUGUAACAAUCAAUGAAUUAACAGAUAAUGAUCUUGGUGGAUGGAUUCAAACAACGAAUGCAUCACCAUUAGUGGAUCUUGUUCCGUCGCCACCACUAUCAGCACAAAGUGCAGAUCCUAAUCAUCAACCACAACAACAACAACAACAACAACAACAAAAUGACUAUCGAUGGCCAACUUCAACAAACGAAUUUUCUAAUCCUAUUCUACAUGAUCCCAGAAAUCGUCCACAGCAAAAUAAAACUUUUCCAACUGUUGCCAAUGAAAAUAACGUAGUCAAUACAUAUAUACCAGAUUUCUUCUUGUGUACAGAUAAUACUAAUGAAAAAAAUAUAAAUAUUGGACAAACACAAGGAACAAAUACAACAGGCAUUAAAACGGUAAUGAUUGAAUGUUGA